GCCGUGGUUUUCAGCACGCCGUGGCCGAGGCAGGUAGGCUGGCUGUCGUUCGUGUCCGUGUUCAAAUUCAAAACAUGGACUAUGCAUUGAGUCCGGUUCCACUUGCAACAGGUGGUUGCGCUCCUCCGGGUUUUACUUGUACUUAUCACCACUUCUCUUGGAGUUGCCGGAGCUCCCUCGUCUGUUUUGCCCGAUAUCCUCCAACUUGGGUAACGUCUCGCAGCCCCGUGGAGUAGUACACAACUGCAUCCUUUGAAAAAUAUGGCGGGACCACCGCCUAAGCAGCCUUCUGAACUUUCGCGACUAAUUGGAUGUGUCAUUUUAUAGGCAAUUUUAAGGGAGCAUUUGUUGUUUUAAUUACAGAACUCUGUUGGCCAUCUGGAGUUCGUUGAACAUGCCGUUUCACCUACGGGCUGUGGAGCCGCAGCGCGUGUGCAGGUUGAAGGGAAAGCACCGCAGGGCGCCCGGCGAGGAGAGCGCCUUUGUGGUAGUGGACGGGAGGAAAGUUCGGAAGCCCGUUUUGUUUUCGUCCCUGGAGGAUGUUUGUAGCCAAACAUUUACCGGUAUUCUACUUCAACUAUCUGAUCUAUCUCGACACGCAAGCGACAUAUUCCUGGACAUAGAGACCCAGGCUGGAUUGAUCUCGCGAAGAUCCCACCGGAUUCAGCUGCGUCUGGAGGUCCUGCAGGGCACCGUGCGCAGGUCUGACCCCAAGAAGACCAAAAUCCCCGUGUCCAGCCUGGAUGAGGAGAGCAAGUGGACGGUGCACUACAGCGCCCCCUGGCACCAGCAGGAGAACGUCUUCCUGCCCGCAUCACGCCCAGCCUGCGUAGAGGACCUGCACCGCCAGGCCAAGGUCAACCUGAAGACUGUGCUGAGAGAAUGUGAUAAGUUGAGGAAAGAUGGCUUCCGUAGCUCCCAGUACUAUUCUCAAGGGCCCAUGUUCUCUGGCCCCGCCCCCGAACAGAACAGCCAACCGGACGACGACGACGACGCUGAUGACAUCGACAGGAAGUCUGCUGCAUCUUCCAUGGAGGAGGAGAAUUCUUUGCAGCCAAUGAGGGCUCAGACACCAGUCCAGGGGGAGGGUCCUGACACAGUCGACGCCCCCAGCUCUACCAAAGGCCCCGCCCUGCCCACCCCCGAGGAGCGAAUGAGGCAGCAGGCCCAAGCCGUCAUCACCGACAUCGUCCCCAUCAACGUCACAGGGGAGACGUUUGACCGGCAGGCCAGCGUGCGCCGCUGUUUGGUAAACUCUGAUACGGUGGCCCGCAGGCCCAAAAAGGUCAAGAGGAGAAAGACUAUUUCAGGGCUGCCGGACAACAUCCAGCAGGAACUAGGUACGCGGUCCCCGGGUCGUGGCGGUGAGCUCCGGCCCCAGUCCAUGUUCCUGCCGGGUCAGUACCUCCUACGCUGGGGCCCCUACUCUACACUGGGCCGCUCCGGGAGCGUGAGCUCCGGCCUACGCCGCUCCGACACGCGGGACUCGGGCGUCCAGACCGAGGAGGUGAAGAUCGUGCCGCCCUCUGUGCGGCGGAUCAGAGCCCAGCGGGGUCAGGGCAUCGCUGCGCAGAUGGCCGGAAUGUCCACCUCCACCGGCAACAUCUCCGCCGCCACCUCGGCCGACAGCCUGCCCGGCUCGCCCGCCGACGACCGCCCCCGCUUCCUCAGCCUGCCGCGCGGCGCUCGCGUUAGCCUCCACGCAGAGCCGCUCUACAGCAGCACCCCCUACAGGCCGGAGGACAGAAGCGCCGCCAGCAGCAGCAGCAGCAGGCAGAUCGGGCGGCUGCAGGUGGACGACUCGGCGGUGCAUCUGAGGAGCACACCUAGGCCAGGUGCGUUGGGCCGGCCGCGCUCGCAGGAGGUGAGGGGCACGCAGUCGGAGUGGGGUGGGGGGGGCGGGGGCCCCGCGUGUGUGGUGUCUCCUCACGCCGCCUACUCCACCUCCAUCAUCCCCAACGCCACGCUGUCCUGCUCCGCCGAGGUCAUCGCCCUGCACACGGCCCCUAGCAACGCUCACCUGCCGCCCGGCACAGGACGCCCCCUCAGCAUGAUGGCCGCCGUGUCCAACGGAGACGGCCUGGCGCUCAGCUGCUCGGCGACGUUGCGUCCAGCACUCACACGCUCCGCAGCGCCACGGCAACCCUCCCACCCCCCCGACCCCAGCGAGGCCGGCCAAUCGGACACCGCCGUCCUGAUGAGCGCGGCCGCCUCCGGGGACGAGCACUGGAUCUACGACACGGCCGAGAGCGUGGCGACGCCGCGUCGCCCCCUGACCUCCAGCUGCUCCACCCCCCUGCAGCACCUGUGCAGCAGCCUGGAGCGCUCGCCGCACGGCACCGCGACCGACUCGGGCUCGCUCCACUCCAUGGACACGGACGGCUACUACACGUCCAUGCACCUGGACUCGGGGCUGCGGUCCUCGCGCCAGGGCAGCGGGCACGGGGUGGCGGGCAGAAGGAGCGGGCGGCACAGCAUGUACGAGUGCCUGGGCCAGCCGGGGGACGGUCUCUACGGCGACGGCACGCUCUCGCGCUCCAUCUCGCUCCGCAAGUCCAAGAAGCCGCCUCUCCCGCCGGCUCGGACCGACUCGCUGCGCCGCCGAGCGCCACGUCACGCCAGCGUUGCCCCCGACAACGGUCCGACCGCGGAGGACGACGGACGCGUGGUUCUGAACGAGUCGCUGAUCGCCUCUCUGCAGCAGUCCCUGCAGCUGGGCCUGAAGGGCAAGAUGGCGGCGUCGUCGUCGGCGGCGACCGCCUCCCACAGCCCGUCCAGCGACUACGAGGACCCGUGGAUGCUGCGUCCUCGCAGCCAGAGCAGCGUCAGCGCGGGCAGCAGCGGCCCUCUCGGCACUGGGGCGCCCACCGCCAGCGUCCACGCCAACGUCCACGCCAACGUCUACGCCCUCUGCCACAUCACCCCCGCCCACAGCGACACCAGCAGCCUGCGCUCCGACUACGCCGACUCCUGGGGUUACUACAUGGACUACUCUCGGACCCAGCCGGACCGGCCCAGACGCAGUCCCCCUGGACACAGCGCACACACACGCCAGCGGGGCGGAGAGGCCUCGGGGCGGCCCGGAGAGGGGGCAGCUGACGGAGAUGCCGUCCAUGGCGUCUCCCAGGCCACGCAGCCUCACGGGCAGGAUGGGGCAGUCGCGGCGGCAAAGCCUCAAACGGGCACUUCGUCAUCGUCCCCAGACCGCGUGCACCGGCUGACGUCGCCGUCCAGCGGCUACUCGAGCCAGUCGAACACGCCGACCGCGGGCACGCCCGUGCCCUCCUUCAUGCGCUGCCUGUCGCCCUCGGGCAGCAAGCCUCGGCCACGCAUCCCCGAGAGGAAGUCGUCGCUGCUGUCGUCCGUCUCCAUCUCGUCCUCGUCCACCUCGCUCUCCUCCAACACCUCGGACUCCGCCGCCAGGAACCUCCCCGCCCAUGCCACCCCCCACCACCCCCUACCCUUGACCUUUGACCUUCUGACCCCCGACACCCCCCCUCCUCCCCACCUCCACCCUUCCCAGCCCCCUCCUCCCCCUGUUGCUCAGAUGUCCAUCGCUGCAUCGGCCUCCCCCCCUCUACCCACAACCCCCCUGGCCCCCCCUCUACCCACAACCCCCCUGGCCUCCCCCGAGUUCCCGCCUCCGCCACCUGAGCUGCUAUUGGACGCCCUGACGCUCAACUCCAGCCUGAGUCCUCCUCCUCCUCCUCCUCCUCCUCCUCCUCCUCCCUUCCCCACGGCAACCGCCACCGCCCCCCCUCCCCCCUCCCCCUGCCCCCCACACACACCCGUUGCCGAUGGGAGCGGCGCACCUGUCUCGGCCAUUCCCCUCAUCACGGCCUCCGCUCUGCAGAGCGUCCAGCUCCGAGCCGUCAGGCGGCCCGCGGGGGUCCACACCGAGGCCCAGCCGGCCCGGUCCAAACCUCCAGACAGCGCAGGGUCCACCCAGACCGCACGCCCUGGACCGCACGCGCCCACGAAGAGCAAGACACCAGCACCGCCCACAGAGUUGCCCCUGGCGACGCGCGCCGCCUCUGAUCAGGACGGGUCCGACACACCGGCCACCCCGGGGCAGAGCCGCUCAGAAGACAGCGGCCCGGUGUGCAACGGUUCUGACCGCGAGGAGGUGCGUCCCUGCGUCCCUAACGGGUCAGCGCUCCCAGCGAAGCAGGAAGAGGAAGAGGCCCAGCCAGCCGCCCCUCCGACAACCAGCCCAGGGGAGAGCCCGAGUCCUGCUCCUGCCCCGACGCAGAGUCCUGCCCCUGCCCCGACGCAAAAGCCCCCCGGGGCCACCAAGAAGCCCAGACUGCCCCUGGUUAUUGCCCCAGAGUCACCGCCACCGAACCCAGCCGAGGAUCUGCCCCCUCAGACCAGCGGGGUGGGCGGCCGGAGUGGACCAGAGCCGGUGGAGGGGCAGGGAAGUGCAGCAGAGGCCACAGAGAGCGUGAAGCAGGCCGCCGACCCCCUGCCGCCCCCCCACCUCUCAGCCCCUGAUGGACUUCGCUCGGAGACCACCAGCUUCAGGACGAGCGCGUCCAACGGAGACGCGGCGGACGCAGAGCCGGACGCAGAGCUGGAGGACGAGGACGAGGCCAGCAGCACCACGGGAUCCGUCAGCUCCAGAGAGGACGACAGCGGUGAUGUGUUUGAGCCCAGCUCGGCAGAGUCCUCGCCGUCUCUCAUCGCCAUGGUGACGCCCACCAGACCCCGCACCACGGAGGACCUCUUCGCCGCCAUCCACCGGUCCAAGCGGAAAGUCCUGGGACGUCGCGAGUCGGAAGAUGACCGCUCCCGAGGCCACUCCCCCUCCUCCCCCCCGAUGACGCCCACCGCGGGAGCGAUGACCCCUCCUCCUCCGGCCGGCUCGUCGUCGUCACGGCAGCAGAGCGCCAUCCAGCGCAACCUGCGCAAGUCGGCCACGAGCAGCGACACGUUCAAGGCUCUGCUGCUGAGGAAGGGCAGCCGGUCGGAGGGCAGCUUCCGCAUGUCGGCCGCUGAGCUGCUCCGCACCACCGACCCGCGCUUCACGCGCACGCGCUCGCUGGACACGCCGCCCGAGAGCCCCACGCACGGCUCGCCCUACGAUAGCCCGCCCGCCGGAUCGCCCAAUCACGCGCGCCGGACCACCGAGACCUGGACGCGGAGCGAGGGGCUGUCGCCGUCACGCGGCUCCUCCCCCUCCUCGCCCUCCUCCUCGCUGGCGGGGCCGAGGUGCGGACGCUCUCGGACGCCUCCAUCGGCCGCCAGCAGCAAGUACGGCGCGCGCUGCCGCCUCCUCAGCAGCCCCAUGACGGUCAUCUGCGAACGCGACGGAGAGGCGGCCGAGGAGACCAACGCGCCCAACGUUACCACGGACACCAACGGCACCAGGGACGCCAACGACACACUGGCCGAGGACAGCAGCUGAGACCGCACACCUACGGGACGCUCCGCCAGGGAACGGACAGUGGGGCGGCCGUCGCUGUAGCAACGGGAGCGUGAGCGAGGGAGAACCGCACGGGGACUGGUUCCACCCCGGGUUCCUUACAGGAACCUCAGUGGUUGAGUAGCUGGACUAGACAGAACCGCUCCCCUCCAGUCCACCGGGACCGAGUCCAAACGGACAGCGUGUUUCCCCAACGGCAGAAUCAUCUCUUUCCUCUCUUUCCUCUCUUUCAUCUCAUUUCUCUCUUUCAGAAUCAUCUCUUCCUCUCUUUCCUCUCUUUCAUUUCAUUUCUCUCUUUCAGAAUCAUCUCUUCCUCUUCCUCUCCUCUCUGCUCUGCGUUGUCUCCUCCUGCUGCUCACUUGCUUUGUUUUCUUCUUUUGACCUCUUCCUUAGAGGAAGUGGAAGCUCGGGUGACUGCUGUGGUUUGAGAAUGUGUCGGAAAGGAGCCGGCAGCGAGUGACCAGCCUCUACUGCCGUAGCCACACGGCCUGCACAGAACCGGACCGCACUGGACCGAAGUGUGUUCCGAUGCAGACUGUGAAGCACGCCAUCACAGCACAAGCAGAACCGGACCGCACUGGACCGAAGUGUGUUCCGGUGCAGACUGUGAAGCACGCCAUCACAGCACGAGGCAUGGCCACGUCCUCUUGUGAUUGCGUUGAGGCAGUGAAUAGAGCAAUACUACUUCCUCCGGGAGGACGCAGCCGGUGGUCGUCACGGCAGCGACAGUAGAGGACAGCCAGAGUGACCUGGCAUGUGGGGUCUCUCAUGAAGUCACUUCCUGUCUGUUUGGACAGGCACUGGAGUAAGAUGGGCAGGCCUGGAGUGUGUCCAUAGAUAAGAAAUAGAAACACACACACACACACAUCCACAUCCACAUAGAUAUUGAAGCAGGUUUAUGAGGACAGUCUGAAUGCCCCCAGAAGGACCUAUGUAUUUUUCUUUAAGAGAGUGUGUGUGUGUAGUUUUGCACUGUUGAUGUGUUUAAUUUUAAUGUCCUCUGUUAGUUUUAUGAUGUUUUAAAUGUGUAAAGUCUGAGUUGAUCCGACUCUCCUGAAGAUGGACCUUGUGUUUGAAAAGAUAAAAAAGGUGAUUAAUGCCAAUUAACAGCAA